AUGGAAUGUCAAAUUCUUGGAAAACGAAUGGUAAGUUUAUUUUUAAUUGUCAUCGAUAAAAGUUUCGAACUAUUUUCAGAAAUCAUACAUGAACCCAAAAAUUAGUCCGUGUGAUGAUUUCUAUGAAUCAGUAUGUGGAAAUUAUCCGAAAGAUGGGAGUGGUGAACAAGAUGAAGAUGAGGAUGACGAUAUUGCAGAUCUAGCUAAACUAAUUGUAACUUAUCAACCAAUUUCGAAAUCGGAGAAAAUUGCGAUGAAAGUAUUGGAAAAAUGUAUGGAUAAAUCGAGAAAUCGGAAUCAAAUUGAUAGGAGUUUUUGGGACAAUUUGCAAAAUCAUAGUUUGACUGAUGUUUUGAUUGAAGCUGUCAAAGUUAAUCCGCUUUACACUGGAUUUUUAGAAAACGAUGUUUAUAUGGAACAAAAUUCAAGUACCAAUUCAAAAUAUCUUCGUCUUUCUAUAACUGCAGGACUUGCGGAAAAUUCAAAAAUGGAGGAAGUUUUUGAGCAAAUAAAAAGUGAAAACGAAGAUUUGGAGAAGAGAAUAUAUAUUUCAUUGGACGAAGCCAAAAAUCAAAUCAAAUUCAUUGAUCUUGAAAAAUACGUGAGUAGUUUGUUACCGGAAGAAUAUCGAAAAAUCGAAAACGAUGGUGAAUGGAAAGUUGACAUAAACGCUAUGAUUAUUUUGGAAAGAGUUGUGAAUAUUACUGGAGUUGAGCAUGUGAAAGAAGUUAUACGAUAUGAAUAUCUUUCAACUUUGGAUAAAUAUUUGGUAAAGCCGAAUUUUCCAAGAUGUUUCAAGAGAUUGAUGAAACUAUUUCCUGGAACACUUGCCAAUAUUUUUGUGAAAAACUUUGUUGGCGACAAAAAUCUCGACAAAGCAAAUCAAUUAUUCAAGGAUCUUCAAAAGGUUUUCAUUGAAAUGUUGAACGAAAAUGAUUGGCUCGGACAACACCUGAAAAAUCUCUUGAAACAAGAAGUUUUGGAUAUGAAAGCAUCCAUUGGAAUACCAGAUGAGUAUAAAGAUCAGAAAAAUGUUGACAGAAUGUAUUCAAGAAUUGCGGAUGAUUUUGAAAAUCAAUCAUAUUUGACUUUGAUUCAGAGUUUAUUGAGAAUGAAUAGCGAAGAAACAUUUUUGAGAGUUUCUAGAAAAGAGGAGAUCACAUAUCUUGGAAAAACUAUCGGUACGAAUGCCAAUUAUCUUCCAGAAAAUCAUCGAACAUGUGAGUUACCCUAACUAUUAAUCAAUAUUGUAUCUUUGAAACAAUUUUCAGCUAUUUCUCCAAUCUUCCUUAAUUUCCCAUAUAUUGAUAAGAAUCUGCCAGAAUGGAAUACAUAUGCCACAAUUGGUCUAAUUUUGGGACAUGAAAUAGGACACGCUUUUGAUGCAAUGGAUUUUUUCAAGAAUCCAAUGGGAGAAAAAAUUAAAAUGUCAUCCAAAAUGAAAAAAAUAUUCAGACAACGCAUCAAAUGUAUUAUCGAAAAAUAUAACAAGUAUCAAUUCCCAGAUGGAACUUUCGUGAGUUCUAAAAUUAUUUGUUUUCGUUAAAAAAAAUAAUUUUUAGUCUGAUGGAAGUCUCACGCAACAAGAAGAUUCUGCAGAUAUGAUUGGAUUCGAUUUGGUUUACAGAUUAUUCAAGAAAUUGGAAAAUCCUCAAAAAUUUUCAAGUUUCGAGGAGUACACCGCAGAACAGCAAUAUUUUCAAAGAAUUGGAAUUGUGAGUAAUGAAAUCCUAAAAGCAAUUAGAUUUCUUACAAUUUUUUAAGCUCUGGUGUUCUGGAGAAACGAAUGAAAAACAACUUGAGCGCAUCAAAGACGAUGUUCACAGUUUUCACAAAUUUCGUAUCAAUGGAAUGAUGUCGAAUUCCGAAGAAUUUGCAAAAGCCUUCAAUUGCCCGAAAAAUAGUCCGAUGAAUCCAGAAAAGAAAUGCCCACUUUUCAAAUGA